AUGAAAAUUCCGUAUAACUUUGUCCAGCCCUGUGGCAACGUCAUCUUUGCUGCCAGGGGUGGCAAGAUUCACUCCUUCAGCCUGCAAGACGGCUCUCACAUCUCAACAUGGAAGCACCCCGACGUCGAGAAGGUCGCAGCUGCCUCGGCCGCCAACGCCGCGGCAAAGGUUGAGAUCGAAGUGAACUCAGGAGUUCCCACACCUGCUUCCCCGACCAACGAUGAAGAUGGCCCACCAGCCAAGCGCCAGAGGGUUGAGAAGGAGGAUGAGGCCAAGGACGGCGAUGCUAUGGUUGUGGGUGAACCUCAGAAGCAGGUCGAGGAUCAGCAACAGCAGCAGAACGAAAACGAGAAGAAGGGCAAGAAGGACAGGAGGAAGGGAAACAAAGGCAACAAGGCCCAACAUCAGCAGCAGAGCAAUCGCUUUGCGCGAGUUCCGGACCAGCCCGUCAUCACACUCAUGACAACGACCAGCACCGGCAGUCACUUGCUUGCCAUUUCUGGUCAUGACAAGGGCCUUUGGGUAUUCGAGCACGACGGCAAGGGCGGCCUAAAAGAGCUGAGCCAGAGGACAAUGCCUAAACGCCCCUGCUCCGUUCUCAUCUGCCCAGGCGACGAGACGAUCCUGAGCGCAGACAAGUUUGGCGACGUCUUCUCCCUUCCCCUCAUCCCCUCUGAUAAGCCUGCUGCAACUGAUGCUCCCGAGGAGCCCGCCGCGCCGGCAACCCAAGCGCCAGAGGCCCAGCCCUUCAAGCCUGAAGCCAGCAACUUCACUGUGCACUCCAAAGCCAACCUCCGCGCCCUCAAGAACCAGCAGCGUGAGAUGAACAAGUCGAAGCGCGACGCCCCCAAGGAGGACCCGACCUUCGAGCACACCCUCCUGCUCGGCCACGUCUCUAUGCUCACCGCCAUGACGCUCGCCGAGAAGGGAUCCCGCCGGUACAUCAUCACCGCGGACCGCGAUGAGCACAUUCGUGUCUCGCGCUACAUGCCCCAUGCCCACAUUAUCGAGGGUUUCUGUCUCGGCCACACCAACUUCGUCAGCGCCCUGACUCUCCCCAGCCAAGACGUUCUCGUCUCGGGAGGUGGAGACAGUGAGCUGUUCGUAUGGGACUGGGAGGCCGGCAACAUCUUGUCCAAGUUCGACAUCUUGGAACAGGUUCGCCAGGUCCAACAGGAGGCUGCCAAGGUCGCGGUCUCCCAGCUUCUGUCUGCAACCGUCCUCGCCAACGGCCUGCCGGUCCCCGUUGUGUUGGUGGUCUGCGAAGGGUACGUCUUUGUCGCCAUGUCUGGAAGUGCUCCUGCUGACCCGUUGCUUAGUGUACCUGCAAUCUUUGUGCUCCGUGUCUCAGAACAAAACACUCUGUCCCACGUACAGACAGUCUCUCUCCCAGGCAACCCCCUACACGUUGCCCCCAUCUCCAGUGAUAGUCCUCUGAGUACUAUCCUCGUCACGGUUGACCCGGCGGAGCCAAGCUCUACUGACAACGGCCUCGUGUCUUACAAGUGGACCGGCGCCGCCUUCUCAACCACGCAAGACUUCGUACCUCUGGACGCAAGCUUGACGGAGAGUGAGUUUGAUCUGACCCAGGAACAAGUACGCAAGCUGCUAUACAACAUUGGAGAUUUGCGCAAGAAGAACGAGGAGCAGGGUGAAGAAGGCGAGGAAGCUGAGCAGGCUGAGCAGCCAGAGGAGGCAUCAUAG